AAUCAUAUUAAUAAUCGCUACACUUCUAGCAUUAGCGCUGCCGCACGUGUAUACACUCCUAUCAGCCACUAUAGAGCUAAGAACUUAACGGAUUCUAGCCACCGCAACCACAAGAUAUAUAGCCCUUUCCUACGGGUGCAUGACAGACUCUAA